AUGACGUUUUCUAGGUUGUGCGCUAUUGGUGAUGAAUUCGUCAUAAGUAAUACUAUAGCUGGUUAUGCUUGUUCUUCAUUGCAAGUAGUAAAUAGUGAAUUUAGUGAUUUAAUAGCCUUGUCUUGCCGUUGUUGUAAUUCUGUCAUGGAAGGAUACUGCCCAUCAUUUAUAAAACCUCCACCUACAAAAAUUCAACCUGUAUCUUCAAGAGAUUACUCGGUUACAGAAAAAAUUGCCCUAGAGAAAGAAAUAGAUCAACUACUCCUUCAGGAUGUUAUAGAGACUCUUCCAAAGGACUCUCCAU